GGUCUGGCAACUUGUGCAGUAUUUAUCACUGACAAUACAAUAAAGACAAAAGCAACCAAGAUACUAAAGUGUAUGGUUGGUUGAUCCUGCAGUUUCCUGGGCUUUGUUGAAGAAUGGAAUCUAAUUUAAAUCAAGAUGGAGUGCCUAGACCAUCCUAUGUUUUUAGUGCUGACCCAAUUGCAAGACCGUCGGAAAUAAAUUUUGAUGGCGUUAAGCUUAAUCUUUCUCAUGAAUUUUCCUUAGUUGCUUCAAAUACUGAGGCAAAUAGUUUGGAAUCCAAAGAUUAUCUCCAGGUUUGUCUUCGAAUAAGACCGUUUACACAGUCAGAAAAAGAGCAUGAGUCUGAGGGCUGUGUGUAUGUUCUAGACUCACAGACUAUUCUGCUAAAAGAUCCUCAAAGCAUUCUUGGUCGGUUAAGUGAGAAAAGCUCUGGGCAGAUGGCACAGAAAUUCAGUUUUUCCAAGGUUUUUGGCCCAGAAACUACACAGAAGGAGUUUUUCCAGGGUUGCAUUAUGCAGCCAGUAAAAGACCUCUUGAAAGGACAGAGUCGGCUGAUUUUUACGUACGGGCUAACCAAUUCAGGAAAAACAUAUACAUUUCAAGGCACAGAAGAAAAUAUUGGUAUUCUGCCGCGAACUUUGAACGUAUUAUUUGAUAGUCUUCAGGAAAGACUGUAUGCAAAGAUGAACCUUAAACCACAUAGAUCUAGAGAAUUCUUACGGUUAUCACCAGACCAAGAGAAAGAAGAGGUUGCUAGCAAAGUUACAUUGCUCCGGCAAAUUAAAGAGGUUGCGAUGCAAAGUGACAGUUAUGAUACUCUUCACGGUAAGGUUUCCUUUCUCACUUUUCGAAUGUUGAUUAUAAUUGAUGUGUCCUCUUUAUUUUUUAAAGAUCUACAAUGGAUUCAAGUAUCUGAUUCCAAAGAAGCAUAUAGACUUUUAAAACUAGGAAUAAAGCACCAGAGUGUUGCCUUCACAAAGCUGAACAAUGCUUCUAGUAGAAGUCACAGCAUAUUCACUAUUAGAAUAUUACAGAUUGAAGAUUCUGAAAUGCCUCGUGUAAUGCGAGUCAGUGAAUUGUGUUUAUGUGAUCUUGCUGGUUCAGAAAGAAGCCUGAAGACACAGAAUGAAGGGGAAAGGUUAAGAGAGACUGGGAACAUCAAUACUUCUUUAUUGACUCUGGGAAAGUGUAUCAAUGUUUUGAAAAACAGUGAAAAGUCAAAGUUUCAACAGCAUGUGCCUUUCCGGGAAAGUAAACUGACUCACUAUUUUCAAAGUUUUUUUAAUGGUAAAGGGAAAAUAUGCAUGAUUGUCAACAUCAGCCAGUGUUAUUUUGCCUAUGAUGAAACCCUCAAUGUGUUGAAAUUCUCAGCCAUUGCACAAAAAGUUUGUGUUCCAGACGCUUUAAAUUCUUCUCAAGAGAAACCAUUUGGACCUGUCAAAUCUUCUCAAGAUGUAUCCCUAGACAUUAAUAAUUCAGUUAAUAAAAUACUAAAUGUAAAAAGAUCCACGAUUUCAUGGGAAAGUAGUCUAGAAGACCUGGUGGAAGAUGAAGAUUUAAUUGAGGAUCCAGAAAAAGGUGAAGAAAACCAAAGUGUGGAAAGUGAACGUACUGAUGAAGAUCUAAAUAAGACUUUGGAGGAAGAUAAGGCUUUCAGUAGCCAUGAGGAGAAGAGGAAACUGUUGGAUUUAAUAGAAGACUUGAAAAAAAAACUGAUAACUGAAAGAAAGGAAAAGUUAACAUUGGAAUUUAAAAUUCGUGAUGAAGUUACACAGGAGUUUACUCAGUAUUUAGCUCAGCGGGAAGCUGAUUUUAAGGAAACUCUCCUUCAGGAACGAGAGAUACUUGAGGAAAAUGCUGAAUGUCGUUUGGCUAUCUUCAAGGAUUUGGUUGGUAAAUGUGACACUCAAGAAGAACCAGAGAAUGAAGAUUGUGUCAUGAAAGUUGAAAACAAAGAAGCACAUAAUUAUGUAGGAAUUGAAGAUAUUAUUGAUUCCCUUCAAGAUGAUGUCACUGAUAUUAAGAAACAGGCUGAAAUUGCUCACUUAUAUAUUGCAUCUCUUGCUGACCCCCAGGAAGCUAUUGCUUGUUUAGAAAUAAAGUUUAAUCAAGUUAAAGCUGAUUUAGCUAAAACCAAAGAAGAAUUAAUCAAAAUCCAGGAAGAGUUAAAAAAGAAAGAAAAUGAAUCAGAAAUUAACAUGAAUUCAUUGGUUCAAGAGCUUGAGAAAUCUAAUAAGACAAUACUUAUGCAGAAUCAAAAAAUUCAAGAGUUGGGAGAUAUGAUUGCUCAAAAAGAGGAUACAAUCAAUAAAUUUCAAAACCUAAAAUUUCAUACGGAUAACACGUUUAUAAGCAGUGACCAGGCUGGUACCUCUUCUUUAAUAACAAGCAAUACAUUGGCUUAUAGUGAAACAGUUCAGGUGCUUGAGGAUGACAAAACCAAAACCGAUUUGGGAAGAAAAAGACAAAAUGAAAAUGAACUUCAACCAGAAGAACCGCCAGCAAAGAAAGGACCUAUCCACGUAACUCCAACUGAAGAUGAAAAGAAAAGUGAAGAAGUGCAGAAGACCAUUUCAGAAGAUGAGGAAGGCAUUAGAAUUUUACAAGAAAAUAAUGAAGAACUGAAAACAUGUCUACUCAUGGCUGAGAAUGAACUUGAAAAGGAAGAAAAAGCAGAAUUAAACAAAAAGAUCAUUAGUUUGCAGCAGGAACUUUCUUUUUCUGAAAAGAAGAGUUUGACUUUAAAUAUUGAGGUCCAACAAAUUCAGUCAAAUUAUGAUAAUGCAAUUUCUGAAUUACAUGUGCUGAGAGGUAUAAAUCAAGAACAGGAGGAAAAGAUUGAGAAAUUGUCAAAGGAAAUAGAAACCGCUAGAAAAAAUAUCACAACUAAUGUUUCACAAAUAAAAGCAAUGCAAGCAAAAAUAGAUGAACUACGAAUGCUUGAUUCAGUUUCUCAGAUCGCAAACAUAGAUUUACUCAAUCUCCGGGAUCUGUCAAGUGGCUUUCAAGAGGAUAAUUUACAGAAUACACAGUUACACCUUUUAGAUAAUGAUGGUUUGGUAAGUAAGCAGGUUAACGAAUAUCAUAUUCAAGAACUCGGUAGGGAAAGUUCUUUCCACUCUAGUAUUGAGGCCAUUUGGGAAGAGUGUAAGGAGAUUGUAAAAGCCUCUUCCAAAAAAAGUCAUCAGAUCCAGGAAUUGGAACAACAAAUAGAAAAAUUACAGGCAGAAUUAAGAGGCUGUAUGGAUGAAAACAAUAGGCUAAAAACAGAGGAGAGGGAGAAUAAAAAUCAAGGUGACCUACUGAAAGAAAAAGAAAAUCUUAUACAACAGCUGAAACAAGAAUUGCAAGAAAAAAACAUUUCUCUUGAUGUUCAAGUACAGCAUGUAGUUGAAGGGAAGAGAGCACUUUCAGAACUUACACAAGAUGUUACUUGCUAUAAGAUGAAAAUAAAGGAACUUAAAGCAAUCUUAGAAACUCAAAAAGAUGAAUGUAGUCGUUCAGCCAAGUUAGAACAAGAAAUAUUGGAAAAGGAAUCUAUCAUCUCAAAGCUAGAGAGAAGUCUGAAGGAAUUUCAAGCAAAUCUUCAGGAUUCUAUUAAAAACACCAAAGAUUUAAGUGAAAAGGAAAUCAAGUUGAAAGAAGAAAUCACACAGUUAACAAAUAAUUUGCAGGAUGCAAAGCAUUCACUUCAGUUAAAGGAAGAAGAAAAUGAAACCAACUGGGAAAAAGCAGAAAAGUUGAAAGAGGAACUCUCUGCAAGCUCUGCUCUUACCCAGAAUCUGAAAGCAGAUCUUCAGAGGAAGGAAGAAGACUAUGCUGAGCUGAAAGAGAAACUGGCUGAUGCGAAAAAACAGAUUGAGCAAGUACAGAAAGAGGUAUCUGUAAUGCGUGAUGAGGAGAAAUUGCUGAGAAUGAAAAUCAAUGAACUGGAGAAAAAGAAAAACCAGUGUUCUCAGGAAAUAGAUAUGAAACAGCGAACCAUUCAGCAACUCAAGGAGCAGUUAAAUAAUCAGAAUGUGAAAGAAGCUAUACAACAGUAUGAGAGAGUAUGCAAAGAUCUAAAUGUUAAAGAGAAAAUAAUUGAGGACAUGCGAAUGACAUUGGAAGAACAGGAACAAACUCAGGCAGAACAAGAUCAAGUGCUCGAGGUGAAGUUAGAGGAAGCCGAAAGACUGGCCACAGAAUUGGAAAAAUGGAAGGAAAAAUGCAAAGAUCUGGAAGACAGAAGUAAUCAAAGGUCAAAUAAAGAACUUGAGGAUAACACAGAUGUACUUAGUGAAAAGCUCAGUAAGCUUCAGGAUGAGUUACAGGAAUCUGAACAUAAAUAUAAAGCUGAUAGAAAGAAAUGGCUAGAAGAAAAAAUGAUGCUUAUCACUCAAGCAAAAGAAGCUGAGAAUCUACGAAACAAAGAGAUGAAAAAAUAUGCUGAAGACAGAGAGCGUUGUUUAAAGCAACAAAAUGAACUGGAAAUACUUACAGUACAACUGGCAGAGAAAGAUGAUAACCUUCAGAAGUGGCGACAAGAACGCGAUCAACUGGUCGCAGCUUUAGAAAUACAGCUGAAGGGACUGCUCUCCAGUAACAUACAGAAAGACAAUGAAAUUGAACAAUUAAAAAAGAUCACAUUGAAGCCUUCUGAAACGGAAGAACAAGACGUGGAUAUCAAGCUUAGACAUACAAGUGCAGUGGAUCCUGGCAGAGUUGAAACUGAACCUCAGUCAGCAAGUUUUGAAAUUUCUAGGAAUGAUGUAGAGGAUGGCUCUGUAGUCCUUGACUCUUGUGAAGUGUCAACAGAAAAUAAUCAAACGACUCGAUUUCCAAAACCUGAGUUAGAGAUUCAGUUUACACCUUUACGGCCAAACAAAAUGGCAGUGAAACACCUCGGUUGUGCCUUACCAGUGACGGUUAAGAUUUCCAAGGCCCGGAAGAGGAAGAGUAAUGAAAUGGAGGAGGACUUGGUGAAAUAUGAAAAUAAGAAGAAUGCUACACCCAGAACUAAUUUCAACUCUCCUGUUUCUGAGCAUAGAAAUUCCUCUGGCAAAAAGGAUCAAAAGGUUUCCACACGCCCAUCAUCUAAAAAAACAUACUCUUUACGGAGUCAGGCAUCCACAGUUAGUACAAACGUGGCCACUAAGAAAAAAGAAGGAACACUACAGAAAUUUGGAGACUUCUUACAACAUUCUCCAACAAUUCUUCAAUCGAAAGCAAAGAAGAUAAUUGAAACGAUGAGCUCUUCAAAGCUCUCACAUGUAGAAGUGAGUAAAGAAAACGUGUCUCGACCAAAACGGGCCAAGCGGAAAUUAUACACAAAUGAAAUUUCAUCUCCUAUUGAUAUAUCUGGCCAAGUGAUUUUGAUGGACCAUAAAGUAAAGGAGAGUGAUCAUCAGAUUCUUAAACGACGGCUUCGAACUAAAACAGCCAAAUAAAUCACUUUUGGAGGAUGUUUUAAUAUAAACUUUAUGUUCAUAAUCAUUGUAAUUUGUAUGCUAACUUUUCAAAGAGAAUUGUAUAUAUGAUGAUGCAUUAAAUCCCUCUGUGUACACAUUGCUAUUUUAUACAUAGUAUAGUUUUAAUUCAAUAAAGACAAUAUGUCAACAGCUCAA